UACACCAUACACCCACCACUCACCCCCACACAUAUUCAACCAUCACAAAUUCACAUUUACAAAUACCCCUGCAACAACACCCAAAAAAAAAAAAAGGAAAAUCAAGAAAAAAAAAACCAUUCAAAUCCAAAAUUUAUAAAACGCAUGAUAACACUUAUGGCUGCUUUCCAUCAUCAUCAUCAUUUUCAUCUUCUUCUUCAACUAAUAUUUAUUUUCAUCUUUAUUUUCCCGCCCACCCAUUGUUUGUCUUUUUCCUCGAAACGAGCAGUCGUUUUGCCUCUGAAAACCGAGCUCCUCCCACGUGCGUCGUCGUCAUCGUCCCUAAACAGAUUCCUUGCUUCUUCGUCAGCUCGAACGAGUAAGCUCCCCUUUCACCAUAACGUGACUCUAACAGUCUCUCUCUCUGUUGGCUCCCCUCCACAGAACGUCACCAUGGUUCUCGACACCGGGAGUGAGCUUUCAUGGUUGCACUGUAAGAAACAACCUGACUUGCACUCCGUUUUCAACCCGCUUGCCUCAUCUUCCUAUUCUCCAAUCCCCUGCUCUUCCGCUGUAUGCACAACCCGGACCCGGAAUUUCCCUGUCCCUGCUUCAUGCGACCCGAAUAAACUCUGCCACGCUAUCAUCUCCUAUGCUGACUUCACCUCCAUCGAAGGAAACCUCGCGUACGACACCUUUGUUUUUGGCUCGUCAACCUGGAAUCGGACUGUGUUCGGGUGUAUGGACUCGGGUUUCAGCUCCAACACCGAUGAAGACGCCAAAACCACCGGGCUAAUGGGCAUGAACCGCGGUUCUCUCUCGUUUGUCACCCAGAUGGGUUUUCCCAAAUUCUCGUACUGCAUCUCGGGUUUUGACUCCUCCGGUAUUCUCCUUCUCGGGGACGCCAGUUUCUCCUGGCUUACACCACUGAACUACACUCCUCUGGUCCAGAUUUCCACGCCAUUGCCGUACUUUGACCGAGUUGCCUAUACGGUUCAGCUCGAAGGCAUAAGAGUUGGAAACACGUUAUUAGCUCUGCCGAAAUCGGUUUUUGUACCGGACCAUACCGGUGCGGGUCAAACAAUGGUUGACUCGGGAACUCAAUUCACUUUCUUACUCGGUCCGGUUUAUACUGCGUUGAAAACAGAGUUCAGGAGACAAACGAAUCGGGUUUUAAGUGUUUUGGAUGACCCGAACUAUGUUUUCCAAGGUGCAAUGGAUCUGUGCUACCGGGUCGAAUCGACGCGUUCGAGUUUACCGGCAUUGCCCACUGUCAGUUUAAUGUUUCGAGGCGCCGAGAUGAGCAUUUCAGGCGAGAGGCUGCUGUUUCGAGUUCCUGAAACAGCAGGGGGGAAUGAUUCGGUGUAUUGCUUCACGUUUGGAAACUCGGACUUGCUGGGAAUAGAAGCAUUCGUGAUUGGCCACCACCAUCAGCAGAACGUGUGGGUUGAGUUUGAUCUUGUGAAAUCAAGGGUCGGAUUUGCUGACUUUCGGUGUGAUCUCGCAAGUCAAAAGCUCGGUUUGACUCUUUAACUGGAACCAACAAUGUCAAAUAGAAAUUUUUUGAAUCACGUAACCCACAAUGUCCAUUUCGUGGCCCCCUUCGGGGAACAGUAGGUUGACCGUUGAUCGUUCAUCGUGCGGUUCUCAUGCAUUACCGCACCCGUAGCCAAACUAAUCGAAAUGUACUUGAUACAAUCCUAUUAGUGACCCAUUUUUUGACUUUCAAUAAAUUUAUAGGUUUUCGUUUUUUAA